CUUCUCUUUUUUACUGUUCGAGAGGUUGGGUUAAGGAUUUUGGGGGCUUUAUACAUUAAUGUCAAAUAUAUUUUUAUUAUCCUUAUUUAAUUUAAGGAAUUUUAUUUAUAUUAUUUGAUGAAACCUAACGAUUAAAGUCGACCAUUUUUGGCCAGAAGUAGGAUUGGCCAGGUGUUUUUCCAAGUUGGUAUAUUUCUGAGUUACUGGAAAAAUGUCCAGGGCAAAAGUGAGUGCAGAAUGGAAAAAGCGUGUUAAGCAGGAAUACAUGCGAUUGCGGCAACAGAAGAGAUACAAGAGAGCAGAUGACGUGAAACUAGCUUGGAACCAGAAUCGCAAUCGAAUGACAGAAACCCUCAUAGAAGAACAGAAGAGAUGGACCGAAACUAAAGCUCAUUGGGUGCAAACGCCCGAAUUGCCAGCACACGUCGCCUGUAUGAAGAAGGCAGAAGUUAUCGGAAACGAGGGAGACAUCCAAGUGGCUCCGAUAAAAAUAAUCAAUGCCGUCACUCCUAUACCGACAAUGUAUACCUGGGCCCCUAUCCAACAGAACUUCAUGGUCGAAGACGAGACCGUACUCCAUAAUAUCCCCUAUAUGGGCGAUGAGGUACUGGAUCAAGACGGCACUUUCAUUGAGGAGCUGAUAAAAAAUUAUGAUGGAAAGGUACAUGGCGACAGAGAAUCUGGUUUUAUCGACGAUGAACUGUUUGUGGAACUGGUGCACGCUUUGAUGCACUAUCAGGAGAAGGAAAAGCCUGAUAAGAAGAAGGAGAAAGAUCAGGAGGAAGAGAGCAAAGAGAAGAAGGAAGAGCUGGAAUUUCCUGCUUUUGUGAUAUUUCAGGCAAUCUCAUUGCAGUUUCCUGAUAAAGGAGGCCCUGAGGAAUUGAGAGACAAGUAUGUCGAAUUAACAGAACGAACAGAUCCCAAUGCUCCACCGGAGUGUACACCUAAUAUCGAUGGCCCCAUGGCUGCGUCUGUGCCAAGGGAGCAAACAAUGCAUUCCUUUCACACUCUAUUCUGCAGGCGCUGCUUCAAAUAUGACUGUUUCUUACAUAGACUUCAAGCUUGUCAUCCUGGUCCGAAUUUGCAGAAAAGACGAGGUCCUGAUCUCAAACCAUUCACAGAACCAUGUGGGUCCGACUGUUACAUGUUGUUGGAUGCUGUCAAAGAAAAAAUAGCUGCCAGAGCUAAACAGGAAGAAGAAUGUGAGAAAGAAGUCAAAGGAAAGGUGGCCGUCAAAAAUGAGACUCUCGAAGUCAAAGGAGCUACCCCUACCAAUCCCAGGAAAAUCUGUAAACAGCAGAGUGUAGACUCGGGGAAUGAAGCGAGCUCCGAAGAUAGCAACGACAGUAACAAAUUCAAAGACAGCGACGGUGUUGAUCCGGUUUCCACAACUACAUCUUUCACCUUGCUGGGGCUUAUGGGAGCUAAUGAUAAUAAAGAAUGGACCGGUUCCGAUGAAAGCCUUUUCAGGGCCCUUCACAAAGUAUUCCUCAAUAAUUAUUGUGCCAUUGCCCAGAUUAUGCUAACCAAAACCUGCCAACAAAUUUAUGACUUUGCUCGCAAAGAGGCGGCUGAUAUUCCUCCGGAGGAGGCGAUGCGGGACUACACUCCUCCUCGCAAGAAGAAGAAGAAGCACCGCCUCUGGUCCAUGCACUGCCGUAAGAUUCAGCUGAAGAAGGAAUCCAGUAGUAAUCACGUGUACAACUUCACGCCUUGUGAUCAUCCUGGACAGAAUUGCGACCACAAUUGUCCCUGCAUCAGGGCUCAGAAUUUCUGUGAGAAGUUCUGCCAGUGCAGCUCAGAUUGUCAGAAUAGAUUCCCUGGAUGCCGCUGCAAAGCCCAAUGCAACACCAAACAGUGCCCUUGCUAUCUCGCAGUGCGAGAAUGUGACCCGGACCUGUGUCAGACUUGCGGCGCAGACCAAUUUGACAACACGAAAAUUACCUGCAAAAACGUCAGCGUGCAGAGAGGUUUACAUAAACAUCUUUUGAUGGCCCCCUCAGACGUGGCCGGCUGGGGAAUCUUCCUGAAAGACAGCGCCCAGAAGAACGAGUUCAUCUCGGAAUAUUGUGGAGAAAUUAUAUCUCAGGACGAGGCAGAUAGAAGAGGAAAGGUGUACGAUAAGUACAUGUGCAGUUUUCUCUUCAAUUUGAAUAACGAUUUUGUUGUGGAUGCCACUAGGAAGGGAAACAAAAUUAGAUUCGCCAAUCAUUCCAUCAAUCCGAACUGCUACGCCAAGGUUAUGAUGGUGAAUGGAGAUCAUAGAAUUGGAAUUUUUGCCAAGAGGCCUAUACAGCCAGGAGAAGAGUUGUUUUUCGAUUAUAGGUAUGGACCAACAGAACAACUCAAAUUCGUCGGCAUUGAGAGGGAGAUGGAGUUUUUAUAAAGACUUAUUUAUCUUUUUAUUUAUAUGAUGCUCUACAAUUUUAGAAAUGAUGAUAUUUUACUUUGAAUGUGUUCCUUUUUGGUUAUACCUUUUUUAUGGAAUAUAUACACAUCUUUUACG